CCAUUGUCUUUCAACAAGAACGCCACCGUCCCUACCAUCACCACAGCCAUCCCAGCGUUCAAUGAGAUCAUCGGACAGCGUCUGGACUUCAGCGCAGUAGACCUGCUCAGGCUGAACCGCCUGUACGACUGCACCAAUACACACACUCUCCUGGACCAGUGUUCCUUUGAGCUGAUCAACAUCUGUGGUAUGAUCCAGGGUGAGACUGACGAGGCAGACUGGGUCCAGACCCUGAGCAGCGCUGAGGAGCCAGACCACACACUGGCAGGCCACUGCAGAGAUGCAGGCUAUUUCAUGAGGUUUGACACAUCUAAAGCGACAGUGGGGAAAAGCGCUCUUCUAGAGUCACGCAUCCUCUACCCUAAGAGGAAGGAGCAGUGUCUGCAGUUCUUCUACAAGAUGGUUGGGCCUGCUGGGGACAGGCUGUUUGUGUGGGUCAGAACAGACGAUGGGACAGGAAAUGUCCGCAGUGUCAAGAAGGUCCAUACCAUCACAGGUGAUGGAGAUGACUCCUGGAAUGUAGCCCACGUGACCUUGAAGGUCAAAGAGAGGUUCCGCUACUUCUUCCAGGGUAUGGUAGGGUCCAACAGCAAUGCAGAGGGGGCCAUCUUGAUCGAUGAUAUCACAUUAACAGAAACCACCUGCCCCAGCGGCGUUUGGAGAAUUCAGAACUUCACUGGCCUGCUCGCCAUAACUCCAGCCGGAGGGCGCAUCAGGAGCAAGCCGUUCUAUAGCGCUGAGGGUUAUGCUUACGGGAUCAGCCUCUACCCCAAGGGAAGAGAUGGCACAUAUCCUGACUAUGUGGGUGUGACCUUCCAUCUAUGCAGCGGGGAGAAUGACGGUGUGAUGGAGUGGCCAGUGAUCAACAGGCAGGCCACCGUCACUGCCAUGGACCAGGACCCUGACGCUAAGCUGAGGAUGUCUGCCACCAGAAGCUUCACCACCGAUACUACUAACCCAUAUUGGGUCAAGCCCACCAACACCAGUGGGGCGGAGUGGGACGCGAGCUCCAACUGCUACAGAGGAUCUGAGUAUGGAUGGACUACGUUCCUCUCUCAUGACCAGCUGCACAGGAGAAGCUUUCUCAAGAACGAUGAUCUCAUCAUUGUUGCCGACUUUGACGAUUUGACCCACCUGGUGAAGAUGGAGGUCCCUGUCCAGCCAAAGAGUCCCAGUGGUGACCUCCCAGAGGAGGAGACCCCCAGACAGGAGAAGGAGAUGGCUGACAUUCCCAAACACAGACAGGCACGGGCCGUCCCUAGUGACCCGUGUAGCCCCGACCCCUGCCUCAACGGGGGAGUGUGUGUGGUUGAGAAACAUGGGAAAGCCACGUGCAGGUGUGCCACUGGCCAGGCCACAUACUAUGCUGGUGAGACGUGUGAGAAGCAACAUAUCGAUGGCCGCAUUCUGGGCGUUCUGAUUGGUGGAGCGGCAGGGACGAUCGUUCUGACUCUGGCCAUCUUCUCAGUCAUCCGGAGAGUUCACUGAGUCACCAUACUGCGUCACAGCUAUACUUAUGUACCACCUCAAUCCCAAUGCCUCUCUAAGAAACAGUGAUAAUAGAUUGCCACGCGUAUUGUAUAUUUGAUAUCGUUAGUUUGAAUCAAUAAGAACUCCUUGACCAUGGCUGGUAUUCAAUCAAUUAAUUGCAGAGUGACUUUUCAUAGACCAGUUCACUCUCCACUGUAUGUGAAAUUAUUUAUUAAAUUACUUAUGUUUAUGUUAGGUGUUGGACGCUUGUAAUUGUCUAUAACAUGAACAAAAAUAUAUAUUGUGGCAAGUUGCUCAAUAAUUGUUUAUUUAACUAGGCAAGUCAGUUCAGAACAAAUUCUUAUUUACAUUGACGGCCUACCCCGGGCCAAUUGUGCGCCGCCCUAUUGGACUCCCAAUCACGACCGGAUGUGAUUGGGAGUCACAUCCGGCCGUGAUUACAGUCUGGAAUUGAGCCAGGGACGGUAGUGACACCUCUUGCACUGAGAUGCAGUGCGUUAGACCACUGCGCCACUCAGGAGCCUGAAUGAAGUAAUAAAAUAAUUGCUUCCGUGA